GAUUAUCAUCAACGGGCGCUGAACGUUCAAUUAAAACAAUUAGGGCCAAACCAUACUGACGUUGCUGCUUCAUACUGCAAUCUGGGUCGUGUGUGUCGUAUAAAAGGUGAUCUGGAACAUGCUAGUGAUUAUCUUCAACGGGCGCUGAAAAUUGAAUUAGAACAAUUAGGGCCAAAUCAUAGUGACGUUGCUAAAUCAUACAACAACCUGAGUAUUGUGUGUCAAUGCAGAGGUGAUUCGGAGCAGGUGACAAUUAGGGCCAGAUCAUGUUGACGUUGCUCGUUCAUACAACAACCCGGGUAAUGUGUGUCUCGAUAAAGAUGAUUUGGAACAAGCAAGUGAUUAUUAUCACCGAGGCCUGGAAAUUCAAUUACAAAAAUUAGGACCAAGCCAUCUUGAGGUUGCUGGUGCAUAUCUCAACCCGGGUGGACUUUAUUCUACCUAAUAAGGGUGAUCUUAACCAAGCUGAGGAAUACUUUCAACAAGCACUGAGAAUUCAAUUGCAAAAAUUAGGACCAAAUCAUAUUGAUGUUGCUAAGUCCUACCACAACCUUGGUUCUGUAUAUUGUAGUAAAGGUGAUCUGUAACGUGCUGAGAAAUAUCAUCAACAAGCACUGCAAAUUCGAUUGAAAAACUUUGGACAAAAUCAUAUUGAUGUUGCUAAGUCUUACCACAGCCUGGGUUCUGUAUAUUGUAAUAAGCAUGAUCUGGAGAAAGGCAGCGAAUAUUAUCAACGCGCGCUGGAAAUUCAAUUAGAACAAUUAGGGCCAGAUCAUAUUGACGUUGCUACGACAUACAAUUGCCUUGGUAUGGUGUGUGAUGAUAGAGGUGAUGAAGAAAAGGCAAUCAAAUACCAUCAACUGGCGCUGAAAAUUCGUUUAGAAAAAAUUGAAGGAAACAAUGUUGUUGCUGCUACUUACAGAAAGAUGUAUAUAUGAAAUUAGGUGACGAAGAAAAAGCUGAAGAAUAUUAUCAACAAGCACUGAACGUUCAAUUAGAACAAUUAGGGCCAGAUCAUAUUGCCGUUGCUGCUAUAUACAAUCGCCUGGGUAUGAUGUGGAAUAUUAAAGGUGAUAAAGAGAAGGCAAUCGGAUACUAUCAACUGGCGCUGAAAAUUCGUUUAGAAAAAAUUGGAGGAAACCAUGCUGUUGUUGCUGCUACUUACAGAAACCUGGGUGAUGUAUAUAUUCAUUUGGAUGAUGAAGGGAAAGCUGAAGAAUAUUAUCAACUGGCACUGAAAAUUCAAUUAGAACAAUUAGGGCCAGAUCAUAUUGACGUUGCUGCUACAUACAACGACCUGGGUACGAUGUGGAGUAUUGAAGGUGAUAAGGAAAAGGCAAUCAAAUACUAUCAACUGGCACUGAAAAUUCAAUUAGAACAAUUAGGGCCAGAUCAUAUUGACGUUGCUACUACAUACUAUUGCCUGGGUAUGAUGUGGAAUAUUAAAGGUGAUAAAGAGAAGGCAAUCGAAUACUAUCAAUUGGCGCUGAAAAUUCGUUUAGAAAAAUUAGGAGGAAACCAUGCUGAUGUUGCUGCUACUUACAAAAACCUGGGUGAUGUAUAUAUUCAUUUGGAUGACGAAGAGAAAGCUGAAGAAUGUUAUCAACUGGCACUGAAAAUUCAAUUAGAACAAUUAGGGCCAGAUCAUAUUGACGUUGCUACUACAUAGUAUUGCCUGGGUAUGAUGUGGAAUAUUAAAGGUGAUGAAGAGAAGGCAAUCGAAUGCUAUCAACUGGCGCUGAAAAUUCGUUUAGAAAAAUUUGGAG